CCAAGACUUUUUUGUACAUGUAAGACGCCAACGACCAUUACCUAAAAUCUUUGUAAUAGUUUUAGAGGACUCAGCUGGUGUUUUGGAUGGGUUUGACACAAUUUCUGAUCGGUAACAAUUUGGGCAAACUUUUGCAAUAUAACCCUCACGAUUACAUAGUUGACAAGUUACUGCAUAUUGGUGCGAGCAUAUAGUUGCUAAAUGUCUAGGAAUAUCACAUAUUUGACAGGCAACGUUGUCUUCUUUUUUAGGCGAUGGAAUGUCUUGGGGUAUUGCUAUAUGAUUCCUUGCUUUUGUCAACUUCUUCCUUGGAGGACUUCGAGAUGGACAAUCCCAUAAUGAUUCAGGAGUAUCAUCAACAAUUCCUAUACCCGCGUGUUUCUGGUCCUCUUCCUCCCGACCCUCUGCAACUCGACGAGCCCCCCCAGCUACCGCCACCCAUUUCCGGCCGGGAACACCAGUAAAAACUUGAGGAUUUCUCCUUCUUUUCUUGUUCUAGAACACCUAUUAAACCCAAGAAAAUCCUAGAUUUGCUCGGUGUCUCUUCCUCCCCUGUCCGUCGGGUUCUGCUGGGUGCGAAUUUCUGGGCUUUUUCGGGUAAGCCACAACCAUGAAACUCAUCCUCUCUCUCUUAAUUUGGCUUGGGUUACUCUAAUUUUUGUUGUUGGUUCUUGAAUUUCUGGAGUUUGCCGUGAGUCCCUCUAGGAUCCCGUCGGCUUCCUCACCAGCCAAGCUCGGUUUCCGCUGGCUGAAAAUUCUGGUUUUGAUCAUUCUGUCACCGUAGCACUUGGGUUAAGCCUUCUGUUCUGUGCGAUUAAGGAAGCGAAAUCGAGGACGGGGAAACCAAGGGGAGUGACGAGGUAGAAGGCUAACCAUUCUAAUUGGAUAUAAGUUUUAGAUUUUAUCAUCCUUUUGUAAGGUAGAUUUUAUUCUUGAGAUUUUGUGAUUUGAAUAAGUUCCGAGCCUUGUGCACUUGUGGGACCCGUCUCACGAGUGCACGGCGUCUGGCACGUCCCCGGAUUUGGGUUCUGGGGCGUGACACAAUCAAUCAAUUAAUUAAAGUAAU